AUGGCCAGAAGAGCUGCGUCAAAUCAAGCUGUGUCUGACAUAACGUUUUCCGAUGAUGAGGAUGAUGGAGAUUUCAGUGGUAGUGAAAGCGUUUUUGAACCACCAGACGAUGAUUCUAAUACAGAAGACGAUAAGGACACUUCUUCAGAAUCCAGUGAAAAUGACCAAAAUGUUCCCACUUCUUGGUCUAAUCCCGAACCGUCUUUUGAGCCCCGACUGAAGGUUAGUUCUUGCCGCGAUUCAAUUGUAAAUGACGACUUCAAUCGUGUUGACACCUCACUGAUUAUGCAAAAGAAAAAACGUACAACCAAAAUAAAACUAACUGAUGAGGGAGAAAUAAAAAUUGUUAUUGGUCUAAAAAUGUCUCGCUUAGAAAUGAGGCAAUACAAAAUGCAAUUUCACGGGAUCGAAAAGCCUGAUGGAGCAGGAAAAACGUAUUACAUUGAUGAUAUAGUAGAAUGCUUGAAGCACCGGUUCUUGAGAGCAAGACAAGACAGCCCCUUCGAGAGCAGUGACGAGUCUAUGACCGAGUUCAAAGGCCGUUCAUCGCUGAAGCAGUACAUGCCACUAAAGCCUACCAAACGUGGAAUAAAAAUGUGGCUGCGUUGCGAUGCUUUGAGUGGUUAUACGUAUGACUUCAAUAUUUACAGCGGUCAUGAAGAACAGGUAUUAAAAGGAACGUUAGGGGAACGUGUUGUAAAUACGCUGGCAGAGACAAUCAAGGAGAAAGACGUUAGACUUUGUUUCGAUCGCUUUUUUACAAGUAUACAUUUGCUUGAAAGCCUGAAACAAGCUGCUCUUGGUACUAUUAUGACUAACCACAAGGGCUUACCGAUUAUUCAUCAAAAAUUAAAAAAAAGGUGA